UCUCUACUCGCGGCAGGCGUGGUGUCCGCCAUCGCCGGACCGCAGCGUGUCCCGUUUGCCCGAGCUCAUCGGACCUUCCCGAGCUUCUUCCGCUGAGCCGGGGCCGGCCCCGCGCCCCGUCCGUCAUGGCUGCGUACAAACCAGUGGUGGUCCAGGCCUGCCCCAAACUCGGGGAGAAGAUCACGCAGGACACGCUGUACUGGCGAGGAUACAAGACACCUGUUCAGAUAAAGGAAUUCGGUGCCGUAAAUAAAAUUGACUUCUGCCCAGUCCCGCCAUAUAACUACGCUGUCACAGCAUCCUCGAGAGUAAGUGGCUUUUCUGAGGCUUUUGUGCUCUUGUUCUUCAGUUGGUAUCACGCAAGAUGUAAUGCCCUCUUGUUUUGCCAGAUCCACAUCUAUGGCCGUUACUCCCAGGAGCCCAUCAAGACGUUCUCUCGAUUCCGGGACGCGGCAUACUGUGCCAGCUACAGGGACGACGGGCGGCUGCUCGUCGCCGGCAGUGAGGACGGCAGCAUCUCCCUCUUCGACGUCAGCGGCAAAGCACCGUUGAGGCAGUUCGAGGGUCAUACCAAACCAGUUCAUCUAGCGGGCUUCCUGUCUGACAAAUACCGAAUAUUUUCUGGUGGUGAUGAUUAUUCAUCAAAUUUGUGGGAUAUUCCAAGUGCCACAAACAUAAUCUCUUACAGUGAACAUACUGACUAUGUGAGAUGUGGCUGUGCAAGUAAAGUGAAUGCAGAUGUCUUCAUAACAGGUUCCUAUGAUCACACUGUGAAACUGUUUGAUGCACGAACAAAGAGUAGUGUCCUGACAAUAGAACACGGCCAUCCCGUGGAGAGUGUGCUUCUGUUUCCUUCUGGUGGACUUCUAGUAUCUGCAGGAGGUCGAUAUGUCAAAGUUUGGGAUGUACUAAAAGGUGGACAGUUACUAGUUUCACUUAAAAAUCAUCAUAAAACUGUAACUUGUUUGUGCCUGAACAGCUCUGGACAAAGGUUAUUGUCAGGAUCCCUGGACAGGCAUGUGAAGAUUUACAGUACUACAUCCUACAAAGUAGUCCACAGCUUCAACUAUGCAACAUCCAUCCUCAGUCUUGCGUUGUCACCUGAAGAUGAAACCAUAGUUGUAGGCAUGACCAAUGGGGUGCUGAAUGUCAAACACAGAAAACCAGAAGAAAAGAAUGAAAACUCUCAAAAGAAGAGACAACCAGCAUAUAGAACCUAUGUGAAAGGAAGAACUUACAUGCCGAAACAGGAAGAUUUCUGUGUUAGUAAACCUGUAAAACAUGUUUUGAGAAAGUAUGAUAAGUUGCUGAGAAGCUUUCAGUCUUCCAAGGCUCUUGAUGCAGUAAUGGAGCCACCCAUCAUGCUUCAUACUCCUGAAGUCACGGUUGCAGUCAUGCAGGAACUACAUCGCAGAGGAACACUGAGAAGUGCACUUGCAGGCCGAGAUGAGAAGCAAGUUAAUCUCCUGCUUACGUUUGUGGCAAGGCGUGUGAUUGAGCCUAGAUUUACUCCAGUGUUGGUGACUGUUGCCGAUAUGAUCACUGACAUUUAUCAGCCUGUGGUUGGGCAGUCAGCAAUAGUUGAUAAACAGUUCCUGAAACUCCAGCAAGCUAUCGGAAAAGAAAUUGACUAUCAAGAAGAACUACUAGAAGUUUUGGGAAUGAUGGAUACGCUGUUUGCUACUUUUACUAAGAAAAAAGAUACAUGUCUAGAAGAGAACAAAAGCAAUGGUGUUACAGAGAUCAUUGAAACAAAUAAGAAUUACUGACACCCAUCACAACAAAUUGUCACAAUUGUGAACUUCAAAGUCAUGACCUAUUCUCCUGGUAACUUCUUAUAAUGGUGACUUUGAAAAUAAGCCUCUCUAUGCUGAAAUUCUGUCUUUUAAACCAUGUUGCUGAAUAGGCUUGAUUACUGAAGACAGAGAAAGAGGACAUUUUCAAGAUUGUCCAUGCAAUUUUUUUCAAACAAGUUAGUUUUAAAGUUCUAUUUCAGAGUUACAUAACUUCUUAAGGAUCUACCUGGUGUGAUUUUUGGUAGAGGCAGGGCUGUAGGGGUGGCUUCUGUGAGAAGCUGUCAGAAGCUUCCUUCACAUUUGGCAGAAUCAAUUCCUGGUGGCUUCAGAGAUGGAUGUGCUGCUGGCCAAGGCUGGGCCAACUAGAAAUGGUGAUAAAAAAACUAUUGCGCAGUUGGAAUUGGGCCAGAGAAGAGCAGAGUGAGAACAUGUGAGAAGAAUAACCCUGUGGACACUGAGGUCAGUGAAGAAAGAGGAGCAGGAGAUGUUCCAGAUGGUCCAGAUGCUAAGGUUCCCAUGCAGCCCAUGGUGUAGCCCAUGGAGAUCCUUGGGGAAUGCAGAGAUCCAUCUGCAGCCCAUGGAGGAGCCCAUGGAGAUCCUUGGGGAAUGCAGAGAUCCAUCUGCAGCCCAUGGAGGAGCCCAUGGAGAUCCUUGGGGAAUGCAGAGAUCCAUCUGCAGCCCAUGGAGGAGCCCACACUGGAGCAGGUGGAUGCCUGGAGGAGGCUGUAACCCCAUGGGAGACCUCUGGAGAGAGGGGCCGUGCUCCCAGGCUGGAGCAGCCUGUCCUUGGAGGGGACUGCACCCUGUGGAAGAGUGACCCACACUGCAGCAGUGUGGGGAGGACUGGGUGCCCGUGGGAUGGACUGACACUGGAGAAGUUCAUGAAUCCCAUGAGAGGGGACCCCACAGUGCAGCAAAGGAAGGACUCCUCUCCCUGAGCAGUGGGAGAAGCCACAAGUCAUGAACUGACCACAACCCCACUCCCUGUCUCCCUGUGCUGCUGGGGGAGGAGGGAGGGGUGGGGGUGGGAGAAGGUGUUUUUAAGGGUUUAUUUACUUCUCAUAGUCCUGCUCUGAUUUUGUUUAGUAAUAAAUGUAAUUAAUAUCUCUAAGUUGAGCCUGUUUUGCCCAUGAUGGUAUUUGGUGAGUGCUCUCCCCCUGUCCUUGUCUCAACACACAAAUCCUGUUAUAUUAUCUCUCCCCUGUCCAACUGCAGUGAGUGAAUAAGGGGCUUUGGUGUCUGCCUGGUGUCUGGCCAGCACCAGCCCACUAAAGGUGUGUGUGUCCAGUACUGUCAGCAGCCAACAAUUUUUGGUUUUUAUUUACUGGAAAAUAACUGAUGUUUGUGUAAUUUUAAUGUGUCACUGUCCUUAUUUAAAGCUCGUAUCCAAUGUCACAUCCUUGG